AUGUCCGGAGAUCAACAGCUUCGUCUGCCCAAGAACAAAAGUACUGGCAACUUGCUGUCGCCCAAGACUGAGCUGGGCCAGAGAGCGCGCUUCUCGUUCGACGCUGGUUCAACGCAAGAAAUCACAAAUCUGAAGAGGGUAUCUCGCGCCGAACAUGAACAUGGCUUGGGAAGAUCAGGUCUCCGCCGCAUACGACGCCCAGGCCCCUCCUUGGUUCGUACUCCUACUCUGGUGCUGGAAGAGAGUGAAUGGGCUCCACCAACACUGCAUCAUGCAAAGACUGCUCCCAUAUCCGGCUCUUCUUCAAGGUCCGUCUCUGUCGGCUACAUGACAAGCGGCCCUGCCUCUCCUGUCUUGGAGGAUUUGCACCGAUUCCCUUCGGAAUCGCUUCAUUCGUUUUCCUUUGCCAGGCAAUCCGAGGAGCUCUUGCACAGCAGGCAAAAUAUUCUCAAGAAAUCCGUGGAUUUUGUGCGUGAUCGUGCAUCCUGGGCAGCCAACCCCGCCCUUGCCGAUGCCCAGGCACGACUGAGUGGAAACUUGGAACUUCAAGGCAUGAUGGACCUGCUCAAAAAGGCCAAUAUCAUUUCCAUCGAUACGGCUGCCGCUAGAAACAAUAUAAUAGCAGCAGGACCGGUAACGGGACCCGCUCAUCACGAUGGUCGUAACAUCUUUGAAACCAGCUUCAGCAAGCAACUUGAGCAGGCACAACAAGCCCAGGCAGAUGACCAUCUGGAUCAUGCGGAUGCAACGCGAAAAUACUCUCUAGAAGACGACGACCCGCUCCCUGGACUCGGUCUUGAGAUUCAACCUCCACCGACGAGGGCCAGUUCCAUCACUGGUCCGAAACGGGUGGGACUCAGGAGAACUUAUACAGAUUUGAAUUCGGUAUCCCUGCAACAGAAACUGAUAGAUGCACUUGCACAGCCUUAUUCUGCUGACGAUCAUUCCGCUCCGCAGAAUUCUCUUGGAGCAGCCAUGCAUGGCGCUAGCACCCCAGGAGGAAGCUCAUCUGUCCACAGCCACAGCAGUAAAUGGUCUCCGACCCACCAGGCUGUCUUUCGUACUGACGCUGAUGCUCCCUGGACCAUACUGGCUGCAAAUGACUUGGCAUGUCUGACAUUUGGUGUCACUCGUGCGGAGGUUCGGUCUCUCAGUAUUCUUGGAAUCAUUCAAGAAGAAAGAAGACAUUGGUUAGAGUCCAGACUCGCACGUCCAGAACUCGUCGCGAAGGAGAAGGUCAACUCUCCAAGCAAGAGCAGUGCCAGCAGUGGCGGCCUGUCGUUGGUUGGAUCCAGAAGUGGUAUUACUGCUCGACUGCUUAGUAAAGCUCCAUCUCGAGCUAACAAAUCUUCAGAAAGAGCAAAGACAGACGACGGCAGCGGAGGUUACAAUCGCUCCACCGCCAAAAAUCACCCACCGACGAGAUCGAGAGGUGUUCUUCUCUGUGGAGACAUUGUCCCCAUUCAAAGAAGAGAUGGGACCAAAGGUGCCGCCAGUUUCUGGGUCAUGGAGAAGCGUGGUGGAUUGAUAUGGGUGGUUGAAGAAAUCCUUGAGGACGUGGCAUACCUGGACUUCGAUUCCGAGGGCCAUGUGACAAGCGCUCAUGGAGGUGAUGUAGCGAUAUGGGGUCAAUCCGUUGCACCUGGUACCCCUUUACGAUCACUCUUCCCUCGAUUUCCGCUCGACGAACUCGACACAUACAACAAGCAUCAUCUAGGAUAUUUUGCUGCUCGGACCUGUGAAUAUGUUAACGUUCCCACCGCUAUUGAGAAAUCCCCAACCCAAAAUGAACUUCGGAUAUCCAGUUUGCCUCAUAUUGCGGGAGUGAUGGUCCUAGAUCCGGAUACUUUCAAAAUCAGCAGUUCAAACACUAUUUUUUCUGCAGCCCUCUUUGGCUACGAACGACCCGAGGGUCUAUCGAUCAACGACUUGAUACCCAAUUUUGAGGAUUUGUUGGCAGUUUUGACGGAAGAGGAGGAUAUCGAAUUGGUCGAUGGAAUCGUUGUUCCCGAACACAGCUUUCGACGCGCUCGUGCUCUCUUAGCCCUGCGAGAAGGAAAAGAGAGUCCUGCUAGCAUUUUCCUUCGGCCAUGUGGUUUACCUGCAACGCAUCGGGAUGGUUCGGACAUUAUGGUUGACGUGCAGAUGAGGGUAGUUCGCAGUGAAACAGUGUUUCCCAUGUCGGACGAAGCAAUCAUCGAAGAAAAGGAUGAAUCUAUCGGCGACAGAAGCGUUGCGGUUGCUGAGCUUGUCUAUGCGCUGUGGGUUAUUUAUUCACGGAACAUCCACUCAAGUGGGAUGACUGCUGCUGAGACUGAGUCCGUAUCUUCACUUCGACCUAUGUCACCGCCUAGCCAACCUGAACCGCCUCCGUCUAUACCAUCACCUCCAGUGACUUCGAUUGGACACCUAGAGAACCCCGGAAUAGGCUCGGACUUGUCUGAGCAAGCGGAUGAAACAGGAUCGGCCGUCAUGGAGGAACCUUUGGAUCAUCCACCCCCGCACACCGCGUACGUGCCACACGAGAAGAAGACGAUUGACGACUUUACAAUUCUCGAAGAAAUGGGCUCCGGGGCCUAUGGACAAGUGAAGCUUGUACGGUACAUGAAAGGCCAGUCUAGGAGAAUGGUGCUGAAAUACGUGACCAAAAAGCGCAUCCUGGUAGACACCUGGACCCGAGAUCGAAAGUUGGGGACUGUGCCACUGGAGAUCCACGUUCUCGACUAUCUCCGACGUGAUGGACUAAGACAUCCCAAUAUUGUGGAGAUGGUCGACUUCUUCGAGGAUGAUAUCAACUACUACAUUGAGAUGCUUCCUCAUGGGGUUCCCGGAAUGGACCUGUUCGACUACAUUGAGUUGAGGACGAACAUGACCGAGGCCGAAAGCCAGAAUAUCUUCCGACAAGUGGUUGACGCAAUCCAUCACCUUCACACCAAGGCCUUGGUCGUCCAUCGAGACAUCAAGGACGAGAAUGUGGUUUUGGACGGAGAGGGACGGAUCAAAUUGAUCGAUUUUGGCAGUGCUGCCUACAUCAAGAAUGGACCGUUUGAUGUUUUUGUUGGAACAAUAGAUUAUGCUGCCCCGGAAGUCCUGCAAGGUAAACCUUAUGGUGGUAAGGCUCAGGACGUCUGGGCUCUCGGUAUCCUGCUGUACACGAUCGCGUACAAAGAAAAUCCCUUUUACAAUUUAGAUGAAAUCCUCGACCAUCCACUCCGAGUACCAUUCCUACCCUUCUCCGAAGAAUGUUUGGACCUCAUCCGAAAGAUGUUAGACCGAGACGUUGAUAAACGCAUCACAAUAGAAGAGGUUCUGGCUGAUGCUUGGUUAUCCGAAGAGAGUUGA